AUGCACUUUGUAGCCGUGGCCGCUCAAAAGCACCUCGCUGAAGCAUUUAUUCAUGGAGAGUGCUACUGCACGCAUAAUACGAGACAACGCGUGAUAAUUAUUUAUAUAAACUAUUACAUUGUCCUAUUGUCCGUAGAGCUGUUUAAUAAAGAAGUGCGCAUGCGAACAGUUGUAUUAUUAAAAGAAUUGAAACUGGGAUCACACGAGUCCAUCAGUGAAGACAAAGCGGGUGUUUUGUUUACAAAAACA